GCAUCAUCACCUGCCGCAUCGACAACAGCAGAAGCCCAGACAAGCAGGAUUGUUUCCACCGUGAUAGACAGCAACACUAGGGAGACAACAACGGCCAAAAGAACAUCGCCUGGCGAGGCGAAACAGAGUAAACCUUUACGUGGUUGGACACUCUGGUCAGGUUGGUCCCCGUGCUCACACACCUGUGGUAAUGACCAAUCUAUGAGGUUCCGUAUUUGCCAGGAUGAAGUUGAAUGUGUUGGAGGGAAGGGGGCAGAAAAAGAAACAAAAGCGUGUAACACCGACCCUUGUCCUGUGAAUGGUAAUUGGACAAUGUGGACACCCUGGUCAGAAUGUGAUCAUUCUUGUGGUGGGGGCAUCCAGUAUCGUCUAAGAACCUGCACCAACCCACCUCCUAAAAAUGGCGGAUUAUCCUGUGGUAAAACGAAGGAAGAGGUCGAAACUUCCAUGUGUAAUAUAGAACCCUGUGAGGAGCCAUGUGAAGAAGGUACUGUAUUUGACGAUUGCAGCAAACCGUUACCAUGCCAACGAACCUGUCUUGAAAUGCGUAAUGAUGUCGUCUGCCUCAAUUCAACUGCGUGCACUCCAAGUUGCCGGUGUGAGGAAGGAAGCGUUUUCAACAACGAAGGACUGUGUGUUCCAAUCAGCGAAUGCUCAUGUAACAUAGAUGGAAAAGUAUAUCGGCCAGGAGAAACAUUCAUAAAUGAAAAAGAAUGUUCAAUUUGUGAAUGUACAUCUGGGCGCAUGGAGUGCCGAGACAAGCCCUGUGAUGGUGGAUGGAGUGGAUGGACUGUGUGGAGUUCAUGCGACAAGACCUGUGGCUGGGGCACCAGACUACGUUUCAGAUCAUGCACCAAUCCUAUCCCACGGAAUGGAGGCAAGAAUUGUACCGAAGACGGGCGCAUGGAGGUUGGGAGAUGUAACGAGUUUGCCUGCGUAGUGGAUGGUAAGCCGGGUCCAUGGGGGAUGUGGAGUGUCUGCACAGCAACAUGCGGAGGAGGAACACAACAUAGAAAGAGGAGUUGUAACAGUCCGGUUCCGCAGAACGGAGGAGAUGAAUGCACAGGGGUGUUGAUGGAAGAAACCAGACCGUGUGGCUUGGAGAAAUGCCAAGAUGGCUGUGGUCCAGGCAUGGAGUUUGUUCCUUGCGGUAGCACAUGCCAGCCAAUUCACUGCCAGCAGUUAGCAACUCAAGCUGACUGUAUCGAUGAAGAAUGUCACUCUCUCUGUCGAUGCAAAGAUGACCGCCUCCUACAGAGCGGUACCUGUGUGGAGCCUCAUCAGUGUCAGUGUAUGGUGGAUUUAGGCGGGGACCAGUUACAAGAAUUGUUACCGAUGGAAUCAGUAAUAAUUGGCUGCCAGAACUGUACUUGCAAGAAUGGUGUCUUAAACUGCACUGAGGAUAACUGUGUUGUGAAUGGUAACUUUAGCGACUGGACACCAUGGGAACAGUGUGAUAGAAACUGUGGAUCAGGUUUUCAUCGGCGCUACCGUUCGUGCACCAAUCCUGCUCCUCGUAAUGGCGGCAAGAGUUGUAUUGGUACACACAUGCAGAAGAUGCCAUGUGAUGGGCUGAAGCCCUGCCCAGUGAUUCCUGGCUGGAGCACCUGGUUUCCAUGGUCUGACUGUGACGUGUCAUGUGGGGGCGGUAUGCAAGUACGAACCAGACUGUGCAAUAGUCCGGCACCUGACCCUGACAGUAUGUUAGUAUGUGAGGGAGCCCAGAACCAGACUAGAUCUUGCAACACUGAAGUCUGUCCUCAAGCUUCAUGCUACCAGCUCCUACCGCUACCUUCAAAUGCUCCCACUAGCCUAGCAUUUUCCGACGUACCUUCCUCAGGAUGGAAGCCUUCCUCGGCUGGCCCUGUAGUAUCAUUCUCCUUCCCACAGCAAAAACAGAUAACAGCGUUGGAAGUGCGAGGUGGUGGGAGGGGAACGGGGGCAUUUGUCAGGAGGAUGGAGAUAUCUUAUCGUGUCAGCAAGUAUGAUGCGAUGGAACCAAUUCGAGAUGGGAAUAACCAGACAAUGAUGUUUGAAGUUAAUAAGAAUGAUGUUGACAAUGAAGUAAUUAAUCUACCUCAGCUUGGGAUAGUCGCGUCAUCGUUAUCAGUUAUGGUGACUAAUGCUACCCAGAAAGCUAGACUUCAACUCAGGCUGAGAGGCUGUCAACCAGUGUGUGCGGGCGAUAAGAUUGAGCAAGCCUGUAGGCAGCGCUGUCCAAAGACCUGCGCUGAGUUGAGAGGUGAUUCGGUCUGCGUUGAGGAGGAAUGUAAGAUGGGCUGCUUCUGUAGGGAGGGAUACGUGGAACUAGACGGAAAAUGUGUACCGCCUGAGGAAUGCCCGUGUUUCUUGUCCAAGACCGUCAUACUCAACUUACGAUUGAUGACUGGUGAGCCGCCGCUAGAAAACACCAACAAGUCUGACUGUUUGCCAUUAGCUCUAGAUCAGAAGGGUAAUCGUAUGGUACAUGGAGAUAUGAUACUGCCUGGAAGUGUGGCGUUUACACCUUGCAACAAUUGCACCUGUGUGAACGGCAAGAUGGAGUGCACAAAAGAGCGUUGUCAAGAGACAGUAACUCAAUCUUCAUCAUGCGAAUCAUCUGGGACCUGUGCAGUUGACUGUACAUGGAAUGAAUGGACGAAAUGGUCAGCAUGUACAAGAACAUGUGGGGUAGGGCAACAGCGAAGGACACGGUCAUUCAACCCUGCAAUGUACGGUGGCAAAGAGUGUGAUAAUAAGAAUGAUACUGUGGAGACCAAACCGUGCAGUUUGUUGGCAUGUCCAGUAAAUGGAGGAUAUUUCCAAUGGAGCGAAUGGUCAAACUGCACCAAAUCAUGUGACGGUGGAAACACUGAAAGGAUGAGAAAAUGUAACAACCCGACACCUAAGAAUGGAGGGGAGCCGUGCAAGGGACCAGCAAAACAAACCAAAACGUGUAACAGUGAACCAUGUGGGCCAAAGUGUACCGGUGGGAAGAUUUAUGACAGCAAAUGUGGCAACCGCUGCCCAUCGCAAUGUGCCCAGCUACAAAGCGGUUCGGCAUGUAACGAGGAUGAACGAUGUCAACCAGGGUGCCGUUGUCGAGACGGCUGGUUGGAAGAUAGUGAUGGGAAAUGUAUCCCACAAGAUAUGUGUGAAUGUCUGGACGCAGAGGGCAGGUUAUGGCCUCCAAAUUCCAAGUAUAACAUUGACUGCAAUACAUGUAUUUGCCAAAAUGGCAAGAUCACUUGCUCAGAGAACGACUGUCCGGUGGAUUGUGGAUUCAGUGCGUGGUCCACGUGGUCGACAUGCCAACACACCUGCGGUGAUUCUGACAAGAUUCGAUUCAGGUCAGCCAAUAACCCACCAGCAGAUUACGGCGGCCGACCGUGUGAGGGCGCUACCACCGAGAGUAAGUCAUGUGGCUUACCUGAUUGCCCUGUCUUCUGUUCGGCGGAUAAUGGGCGUGUCUAUUUGGAAGGGGAGGAGGUCUCGAACGACGGCUGCAAUGCGUGUACCUGCAACAGUGGUUUCAUCAGGUGUACAAACAACACAUGUGCAGCUGCUUUGAAGCCGGAGUGGUCGCCAUGGUCACCAUGUGAUGCAACCUGUGGGUAUAAUGGGAGGAGAGUACGAUCGUUGUCAUGUCAACCAGACAAGAACGAUUCAAGCUGUGUAAAUGGUGUCAAGAUGGAAUCAAGGAAAUGUGACUUACUGCCAUGCCCAGUUGAUGGUAAUUGGUGUGAGUGGAGCCCAUGGUCAAUAUGUUCAGUAUCAUGUGGUGUGGGUCAGGUCAGAAGGUCACGUGAAUGUAUGUGCGGAGAGCCAUUGAAUGGAGGGAAGGAGUGUGAAGGAAAAGGGGCGGAGACUCAAGCUUGCUUCCUGGAGGCGUGUCCUGUUGAUUGUGUAUGGGAUGAGUGGUCUCCAUGGUCAGAAUGCACAGCCGUUUGUGGCACACAAGAACAGAUCUCAACACGAACAAGGCAACGAGCAGGGAACGGUGGUAGAGAAUGUGAAGGACCCGAGAUCAGGACCAAGCUCUGUAACCUUCCACCAUGCAGAAGAUGUGUGUCUCCCUUCGUGAAUCGAGCAUGUGCCACGACUUGUCCCCGAAGUUGCAGGGAUUUGAGGAAGAAUACAGAGUGUAUGAUGCCAAGGAGAUGCGAGGGGGGCUGUAUGUGCCCUGGGGAUUAUUUACUCCAAGAUGAUGGUUGUGUCAAACCAUCAGAGUGCCGUUGUACUGUCGCUUUAUCAGACCUGCCUGGUUUACCUGAUAGUUCCUUAGAUCAGCUUCUAAGACCAACGUCAUCACCUGGCAUAUAUCAGAUGAAUCCUGGAGAUGUUAUUGAUGUAAACUGCAAUAAAUGUGAGUGUGCUGUUGGACAGUUGCAAUGCACCAACAAGUCUUACAAAGUGCCUGGCGGGUGGAGUGCAUGGACAGAGUGGUUUGGUUGUACAGAAUCAUGUAGUGAUGGACCAGUUUACGGGCUUCGGUUCCGUUCAUGUAACAGUCCAGAGCCUAAGCCGGCCCUCUCUGAGGGAGGGAAUGGGUGUGAAGGGGAAAGUAUGGAGAGAAAGAUAUGUGCAGAGGUAACGCCGUGUCCAGUUGAUUGCAAGUACGGUCCAUGGCUGGAGUGGAGUGGAUGCGAUGCACCGUGUGGGGGCGGUAGUCAGACUCGUAGACGUGACAUCAUAAUUGAAGCCAAAUACGGCGGUCGCCCAUGUCAAGAAGAAUUAAUGCAGUCCCAACCAUGCAACCCAGAACCAUGCCCAGGUGAAUUGUGCGGGGAGAUUGGUAUGAUCUAUGACGAAUGUGCAACCCGGUGCCCUUUGACCUGUAAGGAUCUGAGCAUCCCUUGUCUGCAACCAACAUGUCAGCCAGGAUGUCGCUGUAAGGAGGGAGAAUAUUUACAAGAUGGGAACUGUGUGACUCAGAAGGAGUGUCGAUGUGUGUUUGAUAUGACUGAGAUGGCAACAGAAAUGCAGAGAUACUCGAAGAUGUUCAUUGAUGAGGAAGAUGUCAUACCACAAAUGCCACCGCCUCCUCUUUACCAUGAGUCAUGCAGUAAGCCAAUACCUUUACCGCCAAAUGCCCCAGCUUCACUCGCCCUCGACAGUAAACCAGACAACAAUAACAUCUACGGCUGGAGUGGAGACCACCUAACCCUGACCUUUGACACAACCCACCAUAUCACUGGUCUGAAUGUACAGGGUGGGGGCGCUCUCAGUGGAGACUACUUAGAACGACUGAUUGUUCUCUACAGGAUGGCAGAGCCCACUGGGUUGAGGCCAGUCCUGUCCGAUGAUGGACUAACUCCUAUGAUUUUCCAUGGCAACACUGAUCCAAUCACCAUAUUAGAGAUUCAUCUUCCUUACGGUGGCGUCAUGGCAACCUCUGUCACUAUCCUCCCAGUCGUUGCCAAGGGCAAUAAGUUCAGACUACGACUACAGCUUCUUAGCUGCCCUAAAGAUGAACAAGCACGUCUCAGUCAAGCUUCACUCCCCAACCAGAAAGAAGAUACUCCAUCAACAUCGAUUUCAAGGGCGUUACUUACACCUACAUUGUCCACAAGACUACCCAUGGGAUACCAAACGAUGCUUGGUUCUCCACCCGGGCUAACAAUAAAUGAAGCUUAUCAGCCGGGUUCUGUGCUCGACUUCCCUUGUAGCCAAUGCAAUUGUUCCGGUGGUGUAUUCAUGUGUAUAGACCUACCUUGUCCACACUUUGAUAGUUGGACUACAUGGACCAACUGCACAGCGUUGUGUAGUGGCGGUUAUCAAUAUCGAAGUCGAGAAUGCCUGGAUGCGACGGCAGAAAAAGACUGUGAAGGAUCGAGACUACAGACAAGGAGAUGUAACAUUGAACCAUGCCCAGUUGAUUGUCAGUGGGAUGUGUGGACUUCAUGGUCAUCUUGCAGUGCGAGCUGCAACGGAGGUCAUCGGCUCCGAACACGUCUUAUUUUAAUCCCCGCCCUCUUUGGGGGUCGUGCCUGUAAUGGAGCAAGAGAAGAACUGAUACCCUGCAACACCCAGCCUUGCCUCACCUGUCCUCGGGGUACGAUUCGGUCGUCAUGUGGGAACCGGUGCCCGAGGGAGUGUAGCGAUAUUCAUGAUGGGAUUGAGUGUUUGAAUGAUGUGCAAGGUUGUCAAGACGGUUGUGUCUGUCCUGACGGGAUGCUUUUACAAGAUUUCCAGUGCGUACCAAUCAGCAAAUGUCGUUGCGUUGCCGAUGAGAGUGUUUUUGGCAUUCUUCCGGCAACAAGCAACCGAUCUCGCAACCUCCUGGGUAGUAUGGAGUACCAACCGGGUGAUGUUGUAUACAAGCAGUGUAAUAAGUGCACCUGUGAAAGAGGUCACUUUCAUUGCGCCAAUCAGAACUGUAGGAUGGAUUGUGGGUGGAGCGAGUGGUCUGAUUGGUCGGAUUGCUCAGUGACCUGUGGGUCAGGGGUUAAGAAGGCUUACAGAACUCCAGAUAACCCUGUCAGGGCGUAUGGAGGGGCGGAGUGUGAAGGACCAUCUCAGAAGGAGGAAAUAUGCUAUGCAGGAGACUGCGAAUGUGGAGGAAAUGAGAUCUUCAGUAAAUCAGCUACGUUAUGCCGUCCAAAGUGCCAAGAUAUUCACACAUAUCAAGACAGGAUUACCAUCCAAGACAAGGAUACCACCCAAGAUCAGUCAUUAUGUGGUCAACCGUAUGAGGCUUGCGUCUGUCAAACAGGUUUCUACUUGAACUCUACUGGUGGGUGUGUCCCACCCCAUCAGUGUGAGUGUGUGGAUGAAGAGGGGUUGCCACGGAAACCAAACGAGGAAUGGAGACCAGACGAUUGCUCUGUGUGUUCCUGUAGGAACGGAAUAGUGACGUGUGGUACUGAGUGUGAUGUGAUGUCGUGUAGUGAAGAGAAUUAUGAGUUGGUCUACGAACCGGGAAAGUGCUGUCCAGUCUGCAGAAAACGAUUCGGACAUGUUGAGACAUGCCGUCUGGAGCUGGUUACUCGCAACAUCACCAACUCAGCCGGUUGCCGUGCCAACGAUGUUCAGCUUAGUGUCUGCAUGGGGACGUGUUCUCCAUCCAAUGAGAUUAUCCUCAGUGAACAUCCAGAAUUCUCUGUCUGUCGAUGUUGUCAAGGAAUCUUGGAGAGGGUGGAUGGAGUUAAGGAGGCAGAGGAAGUCGACAUUGAGAUUGUUGCUUUGGUAUGCGAAGAUGGGAGUAUGGUUGAGAUGCCUGUUGCUAAGUACACUGGGUGUACAUGCCAACAGCCUUGUGGCGAAUCGGCUGUAUACGAAGCAUUACCAUAAACAAUGACGACUAAACAAAUCGGAUAAAGUCAUCGGAAAUGGAUACGGAAAUGAAAAAGUUUUCUGAAGUAACUGGGAUCUGUAACUAUCCUGAGCUCUCAGAAAUUUAUUAAAAUUUUUGGAUGAUUUUAAAGUUUAAUCUCAAAUUAGUGCAAUACUCAACAUUGUAGUUUUCUUUCAAAUACUUUGAUAGUGAUUAUUUUGUGAAGUAUUCUUGCAAUGAGUGGGUAAAUUCAAUAGUCGUUUAUCUAAUUGGAAAUAUAGACAAUUGUGUUAACUUAACACAACUGAAGACAUGAGUUUCUAUUAUCAACUCGAAAUUUUGAUGUAACAAGUCUUGAGAUUGACACCAAUUCCAUUCGACUGCCGCACUUAGUAUCUGUUUCAUUGAGGUUCAUAUGUUAUUGUUUAGUGGUUGGUUUAUUGGGGUGUUUUGGGGUUUAUUUUUGACAAUUUAUUAACGACACUUAUUGCAAGACAUCACUUAAUUCGGUAGAUUCGUUUCCAAUAAAUUAUUUCAUUGGCAUUGAA